AUGGAUUCAACACUUCCUGUUGGUGGGUUUCCACCAACUCCUCCACAGACAUCAGAGGAGGAGAAGAUUCCAGAGCGCCGUAUGGAACCCUCCAUGGAAUCAUAUCCUCCAGUGCCAAUGUACGCCAUCGCCAACAAUGGCUUGGAUCAAGGGGUUUUCCACAGUGAGGGGAUCAACCCUCAUUCUCAGCCUCAGCAAGUUAUCUAUCCUGUACCAACGCCCUUCUAUGCCCCAGGUAGCGAUUAUCAGCCUCCUUUCACGCUUCCCAUCAGUACACCCCCAGCAGAGAGACUGUCUUCAGCUUCUCCAUCAUGGUCUCCCCCUAGUCGCAGCCAAAACCCAGCUUCUAAAUCCAAGGUCACCAAGUCGCGCAGUGGAAAGCCUCGUGGCAAGAGAGACGGCACAGCUGCCAGCUGUAACCUUAAUCUUGCCCAGCCACUGAGUGUAAUCACCAAGGAUAUGGUUGAUCCCCCAGUGCGAGACAUGGAGGUUUGGGUUAAUCGCUCACUCGCAGAGCGCCAAAGCGAGGUGAAGGCCAAGAAUGGUGAAAUCCCCCGUCCCAUGAACUCUUUCAUGCUCUACCGAUCCGCCUAUAUUGCUCUCAUCAAGAGCAUGCUCGGCAAGAACUGCAAUCAGAAUGUCUCCCGGAUUGCGGGUGUCAGCUGGAGAGCAGAGACGCAGGAGAUUCGUGAGAAGUUUGAGAACUUGGCCAUCCUCGAGCGCCAAAACCACGCAGAUGCACACCCGGGAUACAAGUUCAAGCCACACAAAGGGCCUGCUACCACCACGCGAAGAAAUGAUGAGUACACUCCUCCACGGUCGACUGCUACUCCUGGAGCUUCGAUUCGUGGGAGCUCGGUUGAUUGGGACGACCGGUACAUGCGAGAGGGAACGCCCAGCAUGAUGCACCACCGCGCGGAAAGCUUCGAUGUCAACUAUCUACCCAGUAGUCGAGGCUCUACACCCUUCGGUACUCCUGACUCUUCGCUAGGAGGACUUGGUUACAUGACCCCCAUGUGGAGCAACACCAGCUACCCUAGCAGUGGCUUGCAACCCGUAGGACAACACUUUGAAGACCUGCAGUUCUCUCGAGCCAGCCCGAUGCCACACGAGCUUCCAUACUUCUCUUCAACCAAUGGUCUGACUGGCAUCCCCGGCGCCUCGCACGAGCUCCUCCAGCCUCAACCCACCCAUCCUGUGCCCAGCCACAUUGUCGGCGGCCACUUGGAUCCUCAGCUGCUUAGCUACCCAAGCGAGACUAAUGGUCUUCCCAUCGUCUCUUGUCCUCCCACUCCCCCACCCAACCCUUACCCCCGCUGGGCCGAAGAAGAGUGUUAUCUCCCAGCAGCACUCUCCGCUCUGCCCAGCCCAGUCCCAUUCCCCGUUCCUACUUCCUACUCCGCCGCCAUGCAGCGUGAGCCUUCCUGGGAUGCCAAGUAUCACGACCCCAGCAACCUCUUGGGCGACUCAACGAGUCAAGAAAUAGACUCUUGGAUGGACCCAUCAAACUCAAGCUACUAG